AUUUCCAAAUUUGAAAAAAUUUCCUUGGGUUUUUGUAAAUUGUUCUAUACAAGUGAGACUGAGAAAAAAGAGGGUUUAGGGUUUUCACGUCAGAAAACCCAGAAAAUUUCUGCAGAUUAAAGAGGAAGAAGACGAAGAAGAAAGAUGAGUAGAAGCUUGGGAAUUCCGGUGAAGUUGAUGCACGAAGCCACUGGUCAUGUGGUUACUGUUGAGCUCAAAAGCGGUGAGCUUUAUCGAGGUACCAUGAUUGAGUGUGAAGAUAACUGGAACUGUCAACUCGAUAGCAUUACUUUUACUGCCAAGGAUGGAAAGGUCUCCCAACUUGAGCAUGUAUUCAUUCGAGGCAGUAGAGUCAGGUUUAUGAUAAUACCAGAUAUGCUGAAGAAUGCUCCAAUGUUUAAACGUCUAGAUGCCAGAAUCAAGGGAAAGAGCACAUCACUUGGUGUUGGCCGUGGUCGUGCUGUAGCAAUGCGGGCAAAGACUCAGGCUACUGGUCGUGGUACCCCUGGCAGGGGAGUUGUGCCACCAGUGCGGAGGUAAAAAAAACUGUCGGAUUGCAGGUCCAACUAGUGAGCUUUCAGAGUAUUGCUGCCCCAGUGUUAUUAUAUGAGGAUUUUGGUGUUGAGGCUGCAGUUUAUGUUUAGUAUCUGAGUAUACACCUGAACCCGAGAUGUAAGAAAAUGAUCUGAUUUCAGAAUGGCACUGUCUAGCUUAUUUGUUCUCAACAUUCUGAAAGUGUUUUCAUGUUGUCUUGAAUAGUUGAAUGUUCAUAGAUGAAGGUUUUUGGGUAGUUUACUUUAUAAAGGAAUUUGAAACAUCUGUCCCACUUUUGUGUACCUCAAUUUGUGCAACUCGUUUCCAUAUAUUCACGUUGAAGGCUUUUCAUUUCUAUGAA